UCCACGCCACCACUUCGCGCGCCCAGCUUCUCCCCUCUCCUUCCUCUCCCCUCCCUCCGCACUCCACGCAAACCAGAGCCCGCGCACGCAACCGGCCGACGGCGCCAAACAAAACGGCACGCGACGCUCAGCGAGGGCCGCGAGGAAGCAAUAGCAGAGGGACCGGAUGGUGUUCAGCGGCGCGUGGCUGGCGGCGGCGGCGCGGGUGCCGGCGGAGCUGUGCCAGGGCCCGCCGCGGCCGGGGCAGCGGCGGCGGCUGCGGGCCGACGAGGUGCUGCGCGCGCUGCUCACGCCGCCCGCGCGGGAGCUGGAGCGCCUGGCCGACUGCCUCUACGUCUUCUUCUGCCUGCCGCUGCCGGAGCCGGACCAGUACUACGUGCCGGCGUCCGGGCGCGGCGGCUGGGUGGCGCGCCGGCCGCCCGGCGCCGUGCUGUACAGCUACCGGCGGUCCCUCUCGCUCUCCUCCGACGGCGGCUCGUCGUCGUCCACGUGGAUGGGCGGCUCCGACGAGGAGGGGCUGUUGUAUUACUCGGACGACUAGGAAAGCAGCCGUGAUGUGCAUGUGUACUAGCGAUCGUCGUGUCGGGCUUGUGUUAGCUAGGCGGUGCUGCCGUUUUGUCCGUUCCAUUCUUUGUAGCAACUGUAUAAACGCUGUACAUAUUGGUUUGGUUGGUUGGAUUCAGCGAGAAAUCAAGACGGUUUUUCGCA